CAUAUAGUGGUUACUGAGAUACAGCUCAACAAUUAACUUUAACCAAAUUUUCUAAGUUCAAAAAGGGAUAUAAUUUGAUUAAGAUUUUUUUUUUCAGUAGGUUUGAUUACUAGGUAGCCUUUUAUGAAGUUUCAAUACAAUGCAAGCAAUGGAUACUAAGAUAUAACUGCAGAACUUUAAUGUAGAUGUGACACAGAGGGUGCCACCUAAGUGAUUUUGUUUUAAUAGCUCUCAAAAUUCUUCAAAUAGUCUCUAAGAGAUAAAAUCCAUUUCUGCAUUAUAAACUUACACCUAACAUUAAAGGCUCAUAAUGAUUUUGUUUAUGAGGUAGCUGCCAUAUUUUUUGUUAUGAACACAAAAUGAUUUAAUUUUUUGUCUGAGGUUUGAAUAUUUGGUUCAAUAAGUAUGAAAGUAUUAUUCUUUGGUUUGGUUUAACCUUUACCCUGCUAAAUUUCUAAAAUGAACUGGUCUGUCAUUCAAUUUAGGCAGUACCAUUUAUUAUUACAUACUCGUUUCUAUUCCCCGUUAAGUUACACUGGUACCGGAAGCGUCAAUAUUCUUCCAUACAAUGACGCCUGAAUUUCAUAUCGGGUGCGUGACGUAAUUCAGUAUGUGCUGUGCACUAUUUUUUCUAUUUCGUUCAGUAUAGUCAAUCCUAUUCAGGCUGUUGAACAUAUUUAUGAUAAUUACAUAAUACUUAUACGUGUAUACGUGUAGAUGCGUAUGUAAUAAAAAGGUUAUUAUCUUUGCAUCGGGAAAUAUGCACUUGUUCUUCAGCGGAAGAAUACUGCGCUCCUAAAGUCGCGCAAUAUUUCCGCUGAAGAACUCGUGCAUAUUUCCCGAUACAAAGCUAAUAACCUAUAAUUAUUCAAAGGGGUGUUCACUGAAAAUUUACUAACUGAAUAGCGAACAGUGCAGACCAUGAUCAGCCUGCACAUAAGUGCAGGCUGAUCUUGGUCUACACUGGUCGCAAAGGCAGACACAUAUGCCGGCAGCAGGCUAAAGGUUAAGGUCACACCAACACAGUUAUAAGCCAUAUGGUGACUUUCCAGCUUUGAUGGUGGAGGAAGACCCCAGGUGCCCCUUAAUGCUUUAUUUCAUCACAAGCGGGCACCUGGGUUGAACCAACGGCCUUCUGUAAGUCAGCUGGAUGGUUCCUCACAUGAAGAAUUCAACACAGCCAGUGAGGCUGGAACCCACAUCAGUGAGGGCAAGUGAUUAUUGAGUGCAUUGUUUUUGAUAACCUCCAAUUAUGACACUGCUCAUGUAAGAUCAUGUCAAAUAUUGAUAGUAGUGCUAUUCUAACCAUGCCAUUAUGUAUGCUCUCUAUUUGGACACUUGCUUAAUCUGUUUUUAACAUAAAACUAGAAGCUUUACGGGACUUUAAAGUAUUAAGUCUAAUGUAAAGAAUACAAGACAAUAUGAAUUUUAAACAAAUUGGGAAUGCACCUGAAGAGGACCUUGAUAUGUUUUUCUUUGCUUUAAUUUCUCAUUACAUAGUGUGCGAGAAGUUGCUUGAAGGAUUUUCAACUUUGAGCUUAGUGACCAGUAGGUACAGUCAAGUUAAACAGUAUGAUUAAUUUCAAGAAAUAUACAUGUGACUGUGCUUCUGACCAAGUUUGGUGAACAUCAGUAGAACCAUUUGUAUGAAAAAAAAAGAAGCUUUUUUUUCUAAAAGCAAUCAAGUGGGGUUUAUGAACAAACUUGAAAAAUUUCUAACAAGGAUGCUAACAACUGAUGAUAUUAAUUUAGGGUAUCAUUCAGUCAAAAUCUGGACCUCACAUUGAAUGUGUUAUCAAAUUUAUCAAAGUGUGUUAUCUUCUACAGGGUAAUCCAUAAGUAUAGAGAUGACUUUUAUUUGAGAAGUACAGGUACAUUCAGAUAUCCACGGUCAACAGGAUAUUUAAAUAGGGCAUUCAUGUAGAUUUAAAUCAAAUUUAACAUUAGAUUGGGUAUAAAUUAUGGAAAUUUUCAAUAUUAUCGUGGAGGGAGACCCAAGCAAGGAAAAACUGAAGAAAAUCACCAACAAGCAUUUUUAAACCCCCAAAUACUUAACUUUUCAUGCUCAAAAAAUGCAUUUCCAAGAAAGGCCACUGGGAAGCCUUCAGACAGAUAUUCCAAAAGGCAUAGGCUUAACAUGAUCAAUGGAGGGUAUAUAACUUUUGGAAAGAACUUUAGAAAAAUCAGGCUAAACACGUUUUUACAAUGGAUAAAUAAAUGUUAUCUUGUAAUUACAAAAGAUAAUACAUAUCAUCUAAUGAGAACAAGAUAAACAUUUAAUUUGGUUAAACUUGCAUUCAACACAUAUACUGUAAAGUUUCUGACAUUUUAAUAUCAAGUUUUGGAUUUUAUAUAAAGGAUAUGAAACAUGUCUCCAGAAGAGAAGAGUUUGAUACAGCAGACUGACAAAAUCACUAAGAAAGACAACUCUAUUCCACUGAAAUACGCAACAAUAAUCCCUGCUGUUUUCCUCCUUUCUCUUGGAGGGGAUAUUCAUACAUAUGUAGUCAAUGAAUGGACACAAUAUACGAUUCGUACAGACAAAUUUCCAAAUAUGUCUUCAGUUCACAAUUUUUCAGCGUGUAGCGACACUAAUCAUUCUGAUGAGAAUUACAAACACUACAAGAUAGUUCAACAGAAGUCUGCGAUGUGGCUGGCCAUGUAUAACACGGCUCAUCAUGUACCAAUGAUAUUUGCUAACAUGAUACUUCCAAGUAUAACAGAUGCACGUGGCAGAAGAUUUCUAUUUGUGAUAACAUCAUUAGGAAUGUUAACAAGAUACUGUUUAUUGCCUGUCAUUAUAUAUUUCAAAUUAUCAUUUCUAUUUGUUGUCGCAGCCUACGGUUUGGAUGGCUUAACUGGCUCUAGUUAUGCACUUUACAGCACAGUGUUUUCAUAUAUUGCAGAUAUAACAACUGGUGACAAUCGGCGAGUGCGAGGAAUAGUAGUUAUAGAAGUCGUUCUUGUUGUAAAAUCUGUCUUAUCAAGUAUAUUAUCUGGAUAUUUCAUAGAUACGUGGAAAAUUGAAUAUUUAUACACUGGUGUCAUUUCUGCUUUUAUUGCAUUUACUGGAUUUUUCACAUUUGCUUUCUUAGUGCCAGAGAGUUUAAAUGAGAAAUGCCAACAGAAAUCAAAAUCCCUGUUGGCAACACUGAAAAGAUCAACAGAAUUUUAUUACAGUACAGAGUUCAAGGGAAUGAGAUCAUGCUAUAUACUGUUGCUGCUGUGCUUUAUGUUUGCAGAACUUAGUGACAUGAAUAGAUCAACACUUGAAACUCUAUACUUUCUAGGUCAGCCGUUCUGUUGGGGGCCUUCUCAAAUUGGUGUAUAUUUAAUGGUCAGGCACGCAUCAAAAGGUGUUGUAGGACUUUUUAUCUUAAUUGUCUUUCAAAGAUUUAUGUCAAAUCAGGCCAUUUGCACAAUGAGUACUCUAUCAAAUGCUGCCUCAUAUAUUGUAGAAGCCUUUGCUAUGACUAACUUGAUGAUAUACAUGGUACCAGUGGCGGGAAUGUUGUCAUUUCUCAUGAUUCCAAUGAUACGUGCACUGAUGUCAACCAUGACGGACAAUACCACACAAGGUGCCCUAUUUGCAAGUAUGGCAUUAAUUGAAGUCAUCUGUAGCAUAAUCUCGUCAUAUUUAGAAAAUGGAAUAUACGCUGUCACUUUCUCGUUCAUGAAUGGAUUUGUUUUCCUAGUGUUAGCAUGUUUCAGUAUGAUAGAUUUUACACUGCUGAUCGCCUACUGCUGUGUUAAGCCUUAUCAUUUAAUAAAACCAAAAAUUCAAACAUAUAAUUCUGUGCACAAUACGAAUGUCUGAAUGAAGCUGUUUCCAAAAAAAAGGAUAUAAUUUUGUCUUUACAUGGCAGCACUGAGCAAUAAACAAGAUAUCCGCCUAACAGGGCAUAGCAUGCCCAUUUGCAAGCAGAGUGGAACAGAACAGUUAAGCAGGCAUUAAAAUAGCUGACUCAGCAACUCAAUUUUUGAAAAGAAUAUAUUGAGAAACUGAAAGUAGUAAAAUAAAUUAAAUCUUUGUUUUAUUUUAUAUUUUAUUUUACUUUUUAACCCAAGACAGAGAGCAGAGAAAGAGAGAGAGAGAGGGAGAGAGUGAGAGAGAGUAGGGAGUGGAAAGAGGUGGGAAGGGGAAAGGAUGUAUUAAAAGGAAGGAAGAGAAAAGUUUGUAAAGUUUGAAAGCUGUACUAAUUACACUUUCUGACUUAGUGCCUGGAAUACAUUUUCAGACCCCAGGGCAAUGUGAACUUGACCUUUGACCUACUGACCCUCAAAACUCUAAGGAUCCUCCUCAAGUAGUGCUAUGUCAUCACGAAAAGUUUGAAAGCUGUAGCCCUUAUACAUUCUGAUUUACAAUGUAGACUCAGAAACUGAAAAUUUUGAUGGUCGGACAAGAGCAAAAUAUUUCCCUUUUUUUUUCAAAUAGGGCAGGCAUAUGAAAAGUAUCAUCAAAUUUGGAAAAAUGAAAUCUGGCAGCACUAAGAAAUGUAUUACAUACUAAAUUUUCUUUAAAAUAUUUCUCCAUCUUAUAAUCAUCUUGCAAACUGUUACAUGACACUGAUGUAAUAAAUUUUUCAUCGUGUUUUCUUGCUGAAGAAUGUCUUUGUAUGUUUUUUUCUAAUCUUGUUGGAAUAAAACUGCAUAAUGUGAAUAAACUUACACCAUUCUCAAAUUCGUAAUUACACAAAGUCUAGCCAAUACUUAAAUGAUUUCAUAACACGUUAUUAUACAGCUUCUACAUACAUAUUGAAAUCUUAUAUUAAGAGUAACUUUAAUAGCAUGUUUUGAUCCCAUUACUUUUUAAUGUUGUAUUUUCACAUUAAGCACUGCCUGAAGACAUAUUCUACCUGAACAAUGUCAUCCAUCUUUUUUAUCAUUGUUAGCACUUUCUCUACAAUCCAAGCAAAAUAUGUACAAGAUAAUUUCACCUAAACCACCAAGACAAAGUUCUCAAUACUCUAUGAAGUGUGUGAAGUUUCAAUCAAUUCCUAUUACUGGUUACUGAAAUACCAGCUUACAUACAAAAACUUUACCAAAUUAUGAUGUAGAUACAGAUUUAGAAGUGAUAAGUAAAGCAGUGAGCUGUAGGUUUAUAAUUUCUUUUUUUUUUUAAUAUGACAAUCUAAGAUUAAGCCCCAUAUGCUCCAUUUGUCUUGUUUUUGAAAAUCCAAGACAGCUGAAAAAUUAUGGCACCUAUGAAGUAGGCAUCCAUCAAUCUUUGAAAAUAAAAACUAAAAUUAAGAUGCAUUUUCUUGAAUUUUCAACACUAACCUUAUCGUCUUCACCUUAAUUACUGCACACUGAGUAAUUUUCACAUUUCUUUCAUUCAAGAUCUGAUUAACAUCAGACUUAUCCUUCGAUCAUCUGUUUUGACGCUCAUGAGUUUUGACGCCCUUAUUUAUUUUGCUGUUAAAUAGGUAUAAGUGACCUUUUAUGAUGCCAAAUUACACACGUUUGCAAAGCAGGCAAUAUUUUACCUUGCUCAAAUAAAACAUUAAUGCAUUCAACAGAUUUACAGUAAGAUUAUAUUAUUUUUUCGUACUUUGGUGUAUUUUUAUGUCUUUUUAAUAAUGCAAAAAUCUCCAAUCCUUUAAAAACCUAAUUCUUACAGAAGCAACUGGUCAGGAAUUCAGAUCUUGGUUUUCUCUUUCCCCCAGCUAUUUUUCAAAGUCGCAAGACAGUUCUUUGACUGAAAUUUGGAAUAAAGUUUAGAAUUUUCACUCUCCUGUAGGCUAUACACCUUGUAUCAUUUGAAAACAUUAAAUUAAUUUAAUUGAAUAUGGUUUUGCUGCUCUUUGGCAAAUCUUGUAAAUAAAGAAGGUCAUGUUUCUAAUAUGUUUUCACUGAAAGUACCAAAGUUUGAGCUGUUAGAAAGGGUUAUAUAUUUUUGUGUUCUCACUGUUUUGAUAAUGAAUGACUGCUAUUAACAAUAUGUAAAGUGAAUAAAAAAAGAUCACAUUUUACAAAGAAAUAGUAAAAAGGUCACUUAAAAAGAUUAAUAUUAAUUUGUUUAUUGUCCUUUUAAGUUUCAGGUCUCGACUGCAUUCACAUAGAAUUAUACCAGCCAAAUAUAAUUUUGGCCAUAUAGGCUCCAGAAAAGUGAAGUUUUGGUUAAGAGAGCCAGCCAAUCAAAAGGCGUCAUUUCU